AUGGCGAAGCUGCUGGUCGACGUUAACGUCAAACGGCGGAGCUGGGCGGUCAGUGCCGUGCUCGCUGCCGUCGUGAUGACCGUGCCUCUCCUCGUCAUCAUCCUCAGUGGGAGCAAUUUUGGAGCACCGGGGAUUUGGAUUCAGACUGCCGUGGCCGGCUUACGCAAAGGUUCGAAUGAUCUCGCCAUGCAGCCGAGGUCGUCAGCGCGGCGCCACGAUAGGCUUCUCGGCGGCCUACUGGUUGACGGCUUCAACGAAGAAUCCUGCCACAGCCGGUACCAAUCCGCCACGUACCGUCGAAACCCCGGCAGGCAACCCUCGACGUACCUCAUCUCCAAGCUGCGGCGGCACGAGUCCCUGCAAAUGCGGUGCCGCCCGGGCACCGCCGCCUACAGCAACGCCCUUGCGCAGCUGAAAUCCGGCAAGAGCGUCGCGUCGCCGGAGUGCAGGUACAUAGUCUCCGUGCCCAUCGAAGGCCUCGGAAACAGGAUCCUCGCUGCAGCGUCGGCUUUCCUGUACGCGCUGCUCACGGACCGCGUCGUCCUCGUCGACCCCAGCAACGACAUGGACAACCUGUUCUGCGAGCUGUUCCUCGGAGCCACGUGGCUGCUGCCGCCGGAGGGCUUCCCGCUGGCAAGCUACGCCAACUUCAGCAUCGACACCGCCGAGACCUACGGGAACGUGCUGAAGAACAAGGUGAUCGGCGGCGACGCAGACGCCGCCGCCACCGAUGCGCAGCUGCCCGCGUUCGCGUACGUCUACCUCCACAGCGACGCCGGCAUCCACGAUAGGAACUUCUUCUGGGACGAAGACCAGAGGCUGCUCCGGCACGUCCAGUGGCUGGUGAUGAGCACGGACAACUACAUCGUGCCGGGGCUGUUUCUUACGAAAGCGUUCCGAGGGGAGCUCGGCAAGAUGUUCCCGGAGUGCGACGCCGUGCUCCACCACCUCGGCAGGUACCUGUUCCACCCCAACAACCACGUCUGGGGCCUCGUCACGCGCUACUAUGACGCCUACCUCGCGGGCGCCACGCAGCGCGUCGGCAUCCAGGUGCGCGUCUUCGGUGGCCAGCCGAAUUCGCCCGAGAUCCUGGAGCAGAUCACCUCGUGCACGCAGAAGCACAAGCUGCUCCCGGAAGUGCUCGCCGCGGGAGAGCCGACGACGUUGCCAGCGUCGCGUGCCAAGAAGAAGUCUAAAGCCGUUCUCGUCACGUCCCUGAAGCCCUGGUUCCAGGAGAAGAUCAGGAGCAUGUACUGGGAGCACGCGACGGCCACGGGGGAGGUGGUGAGCGUGCACCAGCCGAGCCACGAGGAGUACCAGCGCUUCGGCGUCAAGUCGCACGACACCAAGGCGUGGGCCGAGAUCUACCUGCUGAGCCUGACCGACGUGCUGGUGACCACCAGCCAGUCCACGUUCGGGUACGUCGCCCAGGGGCUCGGUGGCCUGAGGCCGUGGGUGAUGUACAAGCCAGCCAACGGCACAGUGGUGCCGGAUCCGCCGUGCCGCCGGGACGUGUCAAUGGAGCCGUGCUUUUUCCAGCCGCCGAACUACAACCUCUGGCAGGACCAAUGGCUGGAUGCCACUGUGGACAACCGAUUUCUGGGCCGUCCGAUUUGGGCACGGUUCGGCGCUGAGCUGCUUGACGACGACGACGUGCGUACCGGGCGCAGCGGAUCGCAGUGGCCGGUGGUGAAGAAGGCAACCUGUUGCGGCUGGGUCACGCCAUCGCAUCUGUCCAGCAGCCUCAGGAACUCGUCCCAGUACUCCACGAUGGAGCCCGUGUACUGCAGUUGGAUGAGCUCGUCGAACGCAUUGUUCCCGGCCCGCGCGUCGGGGCACCGAAGCGGCGGCGCACCGAGUCGGCAGCCAGAUAGGGACGCCGCGGUUGUGCGCUCGAGCCCGCAGUACCAGAUCUGCACCGCAAUUUCACGGAAGGGAAGGGAAGGAAAGGAAAGGAAAGGAAUGUUGGCAAGGAGAGGGUUCCCAUCUUGUGACUUUGAGGAGUACAACUAUGGACCUAAAUUGCACUGGCCUUCUGACUAUGAAUUUGUGGUGUUUGAAGCGGGCAUUAAGCCAUGGCCAUGCAUAAAGAUGCCGGAGUGUAAGUGCAAGUGUGGCAUCAAGGCUCGCGAAGGAGUUGUUCCGUCUGAGCUAGGAUACGGAUACUACUGUGGCAAUGCAUAUGGAGGGUCGUCUGAGUUAUGGGUGGGGAGGACAUACGAUUGGGAGGACUUCCCUGGUCAUGGAGAGUUACUAGAGAGGCUAAAGAUACAUUCAUCUCUCAAAAAAGAUAGGAAGCGUUGGAUGAGGGAGGAGAAGCAGAUAGAUGUGAGGACGAGGUACGAGGUAAAGAUGCCAUCAUAG